AUGUCAUAUCAUACAUAUAAUCAAUAUGAAAGAAUGUCAUCAAAAGAAAAGGAUGUUAUUUGUGAUUCAAAUGAUGUAAUAAUAACUGGUAAAAGUCGAGAAAAUGUUCCGGAUAAAGAAUACAUUGAAAAUGAUCUACAACAAAAUGACUUAAACAUUAACAACAUUACUAAACACCCUUUUAAAAGACAACUUACCUCAUCAAGCUAUAUCGGUGAUAAUGUUCCAAACGAAGAUGAUAAUGAUAAUGAUAAAUUUAUCCUUGUCGGUAUGCAAAAUAAACGUAAACAAAGACGUGUUGGUGAAAAAACAAAUAAAGAAAACAAUGACGAUGAUUUAUUAAUCAUAGACCAAAAUACUGCCACAACAACAAACAUCAAUGUAAAUAACGGACGGAUGUUUAUAAAUAGCAAAAAUAAAUCGUAUAACAAUAUGAACAGAAACGAAAAUUUUAACAAUCAACAAAUGAAUCACUCCUAUAACCGAAAUACACAGGAAGACAAAUACAAAAAUAAAAACAAGAAAUAUGACAUGUCAAAUGAUUCAUAUAAUCAGGAUCAAAAUAUUUCAGAAAUUCAGAAUGUUAAAUUAUCAGAUGAACUUGAUAAAAACCCUAGAAUUAGAACAAAAGAAAAGGGUAACUUGGACAUACAUAUUUCACAACAUGCUCUACUCUAUGCUGUAGAAAACAAUUUUCCACCAAUAAAACUAGGUUGUCAACCUAAAAUUAAUCUAAAUCAACAAGGAAAUGAUAUAAUAAAAGGGCUUUUUGCAUCUAUUGAAAACAAUUUUCGUCUAAAAAAUAAGAAUUAUCAUCAUCCAUUAGGAUUUGACUAUUGGUAUCUGGAUAAAAAUGGCGACUUAACUUGUUACACUAAACAUACUGAACUGUUUGUCUAUCUAUGCGAUUCUCAAAACAUUCCAACGCAAAUCAGCAACACGAAUAUCACUCCAUCAAGACCAAGACAUCUACCUGCUCAACAUUCUAUUGUACUCAAGUUUGUACCAAAUUACAUUACAAAUGAAGAAAUUGAAAUUGAAAUUAAAACAUCUGUUAAGUCAGUUUUUAAUAUCGAAGAAAUGAAAGGAUCAAGAACGGAAAAAUCUCGUCAUGUGAGACUUGAGAUUACAUCUAUUGAUGAUUAUAAUUUGAUUAUUAAUAAUGGAGGAAUUACUAUAAACGGACAUUUAAUAGAAGCUCAUGAAUUUCUUUCUCCACCUCGUCUAUUAAUAUGCUCAAAAUGUAAUGAACCGGGACAUAUUCGACGCAAUUGUCACUUCCAAUAUGAUGCAUGUCGCCGAUGUGGUAAAGAUCGUUCAAUAGGUGAACAUAAAGAAUGUAAUGUCUGUUGUCAUCGUUGCAACCAAAAUCACCUAUCUACAGAUUACAAAUGUCCAUUUCUUGUCGAUUAUCGUCGAUCUCUUAUAUUCAAACUUAAAGAUCAACCCAAUUUGUUACCACCUAACGUAAAUAUUUUCAUUCCUACAGAAUGUCGAGAACGAGGUGUUAAGAACAAUCAAAUAUUAAGUAAUCCUUCUUUCAAAUUAAAUAAUAAUUCAACAAACCUUAAAAAUACUUCAAAAUUUAAUAUAUCGUCUCAUGCAUGGCCAACAUUAAGUAAUAUCACAGGUGAUGGUAUUGAUACUCAAAUAAAUGAUGAAUCAGUAUGGAAUGAACUAAAAUUAAAACAAAUUGAAUUAAAUAAGACAAAUGAUGAAUUAAAUUUAAAAGUUCAAUUAUUAAAAACUAAAUAUGAUGAUCACAUGAAAAAAAUGAACUCUAUUUUGUUAAUUAUCUCACAACAAGUUAAAAUUCAAAAUGAAAGUAUUGAAAGAUGUUACACUACAAUAAACGAAAUAUUACCAAUAAUCUCGUCAACUUUCGAAGUCUUUCAACAACUAUUUACAAAUCCUGGUAUGUUAAAUAAAACUGAAAGUAACAGAAAUGAAAAUCAAAAUAUUAUGAAUCACAUCUCUCAGUCACUUGAAUUCAUUAAAAACAGAAAUGAUCUUCUCACUAAUAAUCAAACAGUACUCAACUCUCUUGUUGAUCAACAAAAUGCAUUGAUGAUUCAAGGAAUUAAUAAUUUGAUUUCAAACAAUGAACAGUAA